GACCAGGAUUGGACGGAUGUUUGGGCAACGAAGGCUCCAUUCCGUUACGGCUCGGUGCCUCUACCAGUCAGACAGGGUUAUAGAAAGAGAGAAAAUCGUUUAACUCCAGGAAAAUACGGCAACACAGAAUUAAUGAAGAUCCCCAACUUUCUACACCUGACACCGCCCCAUAUCAAGAAACACUGCCAGGCCAUUAAAAAAUUUUGCACAGAAUUUCCAGAGGAACUGAAGAAUCAAGAGAUUCGAAAGGUUAAUUUUCCCAUUGAGGUCGUGACCUCUGAUUAUGUGACCUGUGGCACAUCAAUAAGAGAUUCAAGGUCACGGGAGGUCACAGUCAAUGUUAAUUUAUCUGUUCUAAAAAUGAAUGAACACACAUCUAUCAAAAUGAAGAAGCUGGCUGGAGACAAAUUUGACCAAGAAGCUCAGACAUUACAACUGAAGUCUGACAGGUGUCCACUUCGGAAACAGAAUUAUGACCUUAACAUAUACACACUGACAGCUCUGUAUUAUGAGUCUAAUGUAACAGAACCCUGGGAAGAAGAAAUGGAGGAAUCUGAUUGGGUGGAAUAUCAAUGGGACAAAACACAGUCCAGAAAUAAGAUCCUCCAACUAAAGAAUAAAAUACAGCAGAUUGACAGUGAUCAGAAGGAAAUGGGGAAGGAUCUAGGAGUUUCUGUGGUGGAGGCUGAUUCUACUGUCCAGGAUUAUAAAACUGCUUACUCUAACCUGAAAGACAAGGGAGAUAAUUCAGUCACACUCAAUGCUUACAAACAAUCCGUGUUAAAACUUCUUAACUUAUAGAUAAUAAAAGGUGUAUAAAGUU